AUGCAAAACCCAUCCUGGUUUCUAUAUGGCCCAGGCUCCGCCAAGAUUGUCGACAGGCCUACUCCUACUCUCAAGAACGAACACGACGUAGUUGUUAGGAUCCGGUAUGUCGGCGUUUGCGGCAGCGAUGUGCACUUCUGGAAAGAGGGAGGGUUCCAGCGCAAAGUAAGCGACGAGAAGCCCAUCGUCAUGGGCCAUGAAGCCUCUGGCACCAUCGAUGCAGUCGGUUCCGGCGUAACAUCCAUCAAAGUAGGCGACAGCGUAGCCAUCGAGCCCGGAUUCCCAUGCCGGCGUUGCAAGAAUUGCAAAGACGGUCACUAUAAUCUUUGUAAAAGGAUCGCCUUCGCAGCUGCACCGCCGGAUUCUCAUGGCGCCUUGACAAAGUACUUUGUUGUACCGGAGGACUUUGUCUACAAGGUUCCCGACGAGGUGAGCCUCCAGGAGGCGGUCCUCGUGGAACCUACCUCCGUGGCCGUCCAUGCAACGCGUCUCGCUGAGAUCAAGUACGGGCAAGAUGUCGUUGUGACGGGGUGUGGGACGAUUGGGUUGCUCUGCGCAGCCGUGGCCAAGGCCUUUGGCGCGCGACGCGUCAUCUUGGUCGAUAUUAUACAGGCGAAACUGGACUUUGCGCACACCUUCCUCGACUGCCAGACAUUCUUAAUUGAGCCUGGGACAACGAGUGAAGAUGUUGCCGCGAAGCUAUUGGAGGCAGCAGGCAUCGCCGAUGGGGUGGACGCUGUCAUUGAGGCGUCGGGAGCACAGUCGUCAAUCCAGACGGGGAUCUUUCUGCUGAAGGCCGGCGGGAGCUACGUCCAGGCUGGGUUGGGCAAAGCCAAGCCUGAAGUUCCCAUGCUGGUAUUGUCCGAAAAAGAACUCAGAGUCCGGGGAUGUUUCCGAUACGGAUCUGGCGAUUAUGACUUGGCUUUGUCGCUCAUUGCAGAGGGCAAGGUGAAGCCUAAGGCGAUGCUGUCGAGUGUGACACCCUUCGAGACGGCCACCUUGGCUUGGGACAAGACUGCAAAAGGCGAAGGAGUCAAGAAUCUCAUUGAGGGUGUCAAAGAUUGA